ACUCACAAAACUAGGACAAGGGAAAUAACUGUAAAAGUCUCUUCUUGACUUCGUCUAUCCAUGGACGUGUAUUUAAUGGAUAUAAGUUCGUGGUCUAUCACCUGCUGAGCUGAGCAUAAAGCCAUUUUUGUAGACGCCAAUAGCCACGUUUAUUCAAAGCAGAAACGUACUCAGAUCUGCUGCUUUCACCGUCAGUUCAACGCAUGUGACAUGAACUUCGCAAUAUUAGUGUUGCCUCAGAAAGCGCAGGCUAUAAGAAAGCAGCUGGAGAAAUGUGACCUGUUGGAUAAAAGAAGGAAACUGCAAAAGUUUUCAGGCAAGGAUGAAGUUGCCAUCCCAGUCAAAACAUCAGACAUGAGCAUUCUGGCAAAACAUAUCGACCAAACAGAGCAUAACAUACUUCUCAUGGAAAUUGACCUACCACUAUCAAAAGCAGAGAUGAUAGAGACACCUGCUGAAAAGCUUAAAAGGGCAGUUAAUCACCUCUUGAAAGAAAACGGUUUCCAUGACAAUGAUACUGAGAAAUUGAUACAUGAAGUUCCUGAUCACUGGGAAAAACAUGGAGAUCUCAUCUUGUUGCCUUGCAAUGCUUUUCGUUCAGCAUCAUGGAGGUGUCUAAGUCCAAGUGUUUGGCAGACCGUUGGGUGUGCUUUGAAAUGUAAUCGAAUCGCUCGCCAAGCCACAGUUAGCACAGACUGCUUCCGCAGUCCCCAGGUGGAGCUCUUGCUUGGAGACAAUGGAAUUGUGCUUCACAAAGACAAUGGAAUAAGUUACACAUAUGACAUAACCAAGUGCAUGUUCAGCUCUGGUAACAUCACAGAAAAACUACGUAUUGCUGCCUUUGACUGCAGAGGAGAGACUGUUGUAGACUUGUAUGCAGGUAUAGGUUAUUUCACACUACCAUAUCUGGUUCAUGCAGGGGCCAAGCAUGUUCAUGCUUGUGAAUGGAAUCGAUAUGCUUUAGAGUCUCUUGUACAGAACCUUGAACUGAAUGGUGUUAAGGAGAAGUGUACUAUUCAUGCAGGAGAUAAUCGAAAGCUACAGCUACGGGGAAUAGCUGACCGAGUGAAUUUAGGUCUCAUUCCCAGCUCAGAGGAUGGUUGGGCUAUUGCUUGUCAGCUUCUCCAACCAGCAGGAGGUACCAUGCACAUUCAUGGCAAUGUGAACAGUUUGACUGGCAUGUGUGAAAGACUUCAGAAAGGCAAGUGUGCAGAGCACAACAGUCACAUACUGUGCAGCACAAUGGAUGAAGUUUCAUUGACGCAGCAAUGUACAGGACAAAAUAACAGUUCAUCUUGUGGCAGGCAGUUUGAUUUUAAAGUUCAGAGCUGUCAGCCAGUUCAUAGCCUUUACAUGUUUGAAAACAAGUCAGAUGACGGAUCUUCAUGUUCAAGGGGUGACAAUUCUUUUCAAGAUUUUUCUGGCCUUGCUGCUAUAUCACCACAUGAUAAUGACAUUCAGAGGCCACCAGAAAGAUCUCUUCAUUCUUUGGCCAUGAUACCAGAGAAUAAACUCUCCUACCCCUCUGUGAUGUCUGAUGGCAGAAAUCACAAGGAUAAUACUAAUAGGACUUGGCAGAGUUGUGAGACUAAAACUUCCUGGUCAAGAUGGGGACAGUAUGUUUGCAAGGCUUUGCAGAAUCUUUUGCAAAAAGAGCAUGGUGGCCUGUGGUCUGCUGCUGUUCUUCACAUCCAACAUGUUAAGUCGUAUGCACCACAUAUUGAUCACUUGGUUCUUGAUGUACGGUGUAGUCCGCAGGUUUCCCAAUCUCUGCCAGGGACUUAGCAAACAUCUUUGGAUACAGAACACCUUAUGAAAGAGUUUUUAAAAUGUGGAUGUUGCUUCGCUUGGUGAACGUUGCACCCAUUCAACUUGUAAUUCAGAGCUCAGAAAUCGGCAAUUAAACAAAAUAUAAAAAAGAAAGAAUGUAUAUGUGGGUAAAUGAGGGUGUGUUUCCAGCAGAGUCUACAGAAGUGCUCACCACUGUUCAGCUUGCAUGUUGUACAUAGCUAAAGUGGAAAAAAAUAUAUAAAGACGCAAUAAGAUUUAACAAAUCCUCUCAACA